CUGAAUCCCUAGCGGGCGACUAACCUCCACCGGAGUAGACAGAUUGAGGCCCUAAGAACAAAACCUCCACUACCGGAGUAAAUCCGGUACAGAAUAGUGAGUUGGUUCCUCGACUAAAGUCACCAACUCCCUACCUUCAAUCAAGGAUACUCUAUCAACCUAGGCAGAUAUUCUCAUUCUAGGUUAAAGCAGAAACAACAGGAAUUUGAUCAGGAUUCAAGUCAUUCAAUCAUUAAAACCUCAAUCGAAUAUAAUCAAUCACAGAAUCAGUACUUGGGUUCAUACAAUCAAAGCCUAACAUACAAAUCUAGGGUUCUCCAUACCCAGAUGAAUGGGAGAACUACUCCAUGGAGAAGAAAGCAAAAGCAGAAUCAGACACGGAAUUCAUACUGCGAAGGACGGAUUCCGGCUCCUGGACGUUGAUUGGCUCUUCUCCAAGCUCGAGCUGGCCUCCAAUGGUGUUGAAGAUCAAUCUAGGGCACUUGGGAACUCUUGCUCGUCACUUUCUCUCUCUAGGAAUCGUUCUAUCUCUCAAAAACUCGAAUCCCCCUCUGUUUGGCUGAAAAUCGGCUUAAAAGGGCAUCAGCCAAAGCAUGGUCGAGGGCACGACCGUGUAAUGCCUCAGCCCGCCCGUGCUUUGGCUAGUGUUAAUUACCCGGCCAGUGCAUUGGGAGAAACACGGCCUUGCUUUGGUGGAACACGCCCGUGCUUUGGCAGAACACGCCCGUGCUUUGUUUUGGCCCUGCCCGUGUAAUCAGCUCAGCUCUCGGCAUAAAAAGCACGGCCACAGAACACGGCCGUGUACUGUUUUAGGUGUGCCCGUGUUUUGGCUCCAGCUUGACGAAAUGACCUCCGAAUGCCCCGAAACUAGCGCUUAGCCUUCCCUUUGACACCUGGGACCUGAAACAUGACAAAAUAGCACAACCCUGCGUAAAAUAGGCCAAAAUACACGACUAUGCCCCUCAAACGGAUAAGAACUAAGGGCGCAAAUAUGUGCAAUUACAUCGUUAUCACCUGAUCAUUUUUUCUUGAUUGGUUAUACGAAAGUUAAUCAAUUUACUACUUUGCAUUGGAAUUCAAUUCCAGUAGUGGAGUUCUGUGUUCAUAGCUUCAGCUUUCUAUCCCGGUGAAGACUAGUCGUCUGACGGGUAGUUUGACUGAGAGGGCUUGGUCAGCUUAAGAGAUUCCAAGCUAUUGUCGGAUCUUCCGCAGUUUAAUCAACAGUUAAUCAACCCAGGGUAAUUACAACCUCGACCUAACUAAGGAGCUAGGGGGACUCAUUCCCGAGUGACUCUUCCCUUGCUAAAGAACUUUGAACCAUUUCCUGAUUUCUUACUGUUUUCUCUUAAACUCACAAUCACUCGACUUAGUUUGCUAGAUAAUAGAUAAACAUGGAGUAGGAAGUAGAUCUAGACCCCGGGUUGAUAAUUAGAACUUGCCACUAGACUACAUUUCCGGACUACGAUUACACUUGGUCGCAGUUUGGUGUUGUGUUUUAACGUGUCAAGUUUUUGGCGCCGUUGCCGGGGACCCUAGGUUAUUGUAGAAACGUGAAAGUCUGUUACUUUAGCAUUUUCCUUUUAUUUUCCACCCUUGCUUUUCACUUGGGUGUUGUGUUUUUGUUGGUGCAGAUCUGAAACAUGGCUCCUCAUGGCUUCUCCAACCAUUGGGGGUAUCAACCACCAUUUGGGUGGUAUUACCCCGAGACUUCCUGGAGAAAUCAAGGAGGAGAAGAAUAUGGAUUCGGAUGUCAGUACCAACCCCCCUACUACGGAGAAUAGGGAUGGCAACAAAACCCGAACCCACGGGUACCCACCCGACCCAACCCGGGUAAAAUCUAUGUUGACGCGUUUUGGGCCGGGUGUGGGUUUAAACCCGUUCACUAUUCACCGGGUUGGGUUUGGGUUUAGGUAAACCCGACCCAUGGGUACCCUCCCACACCUAUAUAAUUAAUUUUAUCGGUAUAUUUAACAUUCUAAACAACUAAUCUUAUUUAUGUUUGUGGAGACAUGUCUAAUUUUUUCUUUCUAAUUGUGUAGAAUGAAGUUGAUGUUAUCGA